GAACAGACUAGACCUAUCUUCUUCACUCUCAGGCCAGAUCCACGCCAAUCGUACACACGAAACUCGAUAGUACGACUCAAUACUCAGGAAUCGGUCCUCAACCUGACAACGUGAUCUCCGUCCAGUGGUUCAGACGAAUCAGCCAUCGUCCAGACUCAUAGACUCCAGCUUUCAGUUGGAACAAUGCCUAAGGUGAAGACCAACCGUGUGAAAUACCCUGAAGGUUGGGAGCUGAUAGAACCUACUCUCAAUGAACUGCAAGGGAAGAUGAGAGAAGCUGAGAAUGAUUCACAUGAUGGUAAAAGAAAGUGUGAGAUGCUGUGGCCCAUUUUCAAAAUCGCUCAUCAGAAGAGUCGUUAUGUUUUCGAUCUCUUUUACCGUAGGAAGGAAAUAUCAAAAGAAUUGUUCGAGUUCUGUUUGGAUCAAGGCUAUGCUGAUCGCAAUUUAAUUGCUAAGUGGAAGAAGCCUGGAUAUGAAAGACUUUGUUGUCUGAGAUGCAUGCAACCUCGAGACCACAACUUCCAAACAACAUGUGUUUGCAGAGUCCCGAAGCAUCUGAGGGAGGAGAAGGUGAUAGAAUGUGUGCAUUGUGGCUGUAAAGGUUGUGCCAGUGGAGAUUGAUCUCGUGUUUUCUUAGCAACUGGAGUAGUGCAAAACUCCAUUUUAGUUGUAAGAUGAAUCAAAUCAUAUGCAUUAAUCAUGAAGCUGAAUGUUUAAAACUAUCAGAGUUGCAACAGUUAUGCAGUUGUGUUUUGUAUGCAAAGAUUCCAACUAGACCAUAUAAAAAUCCAUUGCUUUUCUACGACAAUAUGUGGAUUUUUUGAAAUUGUAGUCAACAAAUAUUUUUGUUUUGUU